GCACGACGGCGACGACGGCGGUGGCGGCGGUUCCUGCCGGGGGCUGCGAGGGCGGGCGGCCCCGAAGGAAGCGGCGGAGCUGAGGGGCUCAGCGGCUAGGCGCGCGUGACUCUCAACCCGGCUCGCUCCGCGGCGGGCGUUUUGAGCCGGUCCAGGGGCGCGGACGCGGCGGCGGCGGCGGCGACCCGAGGCCUGCGGCCUAGGCCUCAGCGCGGCGGCGGGCUCGAGUGCGGCGCGGAGCCGGCCUGAGGGCCCUACGCGGCGGCACAAUGAGCGUGGAGGCGUACGGGCCCAGCUCGCAGACGCUCACCUUCCUGGACACCGAGGAGGCCGAGCUGCUCGGCGCCGACACCCAGGGCUCCGAGUUCGAGUUUACCGACUUCACCCUCCCCAGCCAGACGCAGACGCCCCCCGGCGGCCCCGGAGGUGGCGGCGCGGGGGCCCCGGUCGGAGCCGGCCCGGGCGCGGCGGCCGGACAGCUCGACGCGCAGGUUGGUGGCCCUGAGGGCAUCCUGCAGAACGGGGCCGUGGACGACAGCGUGGCCAAGACCAGCCAGUUGUUGGCCGAGUUGAACUUUGAAGAAGAUGAAGAAGAUACCUAUUACACAAAGGAUCUCCCUGUACACGCCUGCAGUUACUGUGGAAUACAUGAUCCUGCUUGCGUGGUUUACUGUAACACCAGCAAGAAGUGGUUCUGUAAUGGACGUGGAAAUACUUCUGGCAGCCACAUUGUAAAUCACCUUGUGAGGGCAAAAUGCAAAGAGGUGACCCUGCACAAGGAUGGGCCCCUAGGGGAGACGGUUCUGGAGUGUUACAACUGCGGCUGCCGCAACGUCUUCCUCCUCGGCUUCAUCCCUGCCAAGGCUGACUCGGUUGUGGUGCUGCUGUGCAGGCAGCCCUGUGCCAGUCAGAGCAGCCUCAAGGACAUCAACUGGGACAGCUCCCAGUGGCAGCCCCUGAUCCAGGACCGGUGCUUCCUGUCCUGGCUGGUCAAGAUCCCUUCUGAGCAGGAGCAGCUGCGGGCGCGGCAGAUCACUGCCCAGCAGAUCAACAAGCUGGAGGAGCUCUGGAAGGAGAACCCUUCUGCCACCUUGGAGGACCUGGAGAAGCCCGGAGUGGAUGAGGAGCCGCAGCACGUCCUCUUGCGCUACGAGGACGCCUACCAGUACCAGAACAUAUUCGGGCCUCUGGUCAAGCUGGAGGCUGACUACGACAAGAAGCUGAAAGAGUCGCAGACUCAAGAUAACAUCACGGUCAGGUGGGACCUGGGCCUUAACAAGAAGAGAAUCGCCUACUUCACUUUGCCCAAGACUGACUCUGGUAAUGAGGAUUUAGUCAUAAUUUGGUUAAGAGACAUGCGGCUCAUGCAAGGGGAUGAGAUAUGCCUGCGGUACAAAGGGGACCUGGCGCCCCUCUGGAAAGGGAUCGGCCACGUCAUCAAGGUCCCUGAUAAUUAUGGUGAUGAGAUUGCCAUUGAGCUUCGGAGCAGUGUGGGUGCCCCUGUGGAGGUGACUCAUAACUUCCAGGUGGAUUUCGUGUGGAAGUCAACCUCAUUUGACAGAAUGCAGAGCGCACUGAAAACCUUUGCCGUGGACGAGACCUCCGUGUCGGGCUACAUCUACCAUAAACUGCUUGGCCACGAGGUGGAGGAUGUGAUCAUCAAGUGCCAGCUGCCCAAGCGCUUCACGGCACAGGGGCUCCCUGACCUCAACCACUCUCAGGUUUACGCCGUGAAGACUGUGCUGCAGAGACCGCUGAGUCUGAUCCAGGGCCCACCGGGCACAGGAAAGACCGUGACCUCAGCCACCAUCGUCUACCACCUGGCUCGGCAAGGCAACGGGCCCGUGCUGGUCUGUGCUCCAAGCAACAUAGCCGUGGAUCAGCUGACUGAGAAGAUCCACCAGACCGGGCUGAAAGUCGUGCGGCUCUGCGCCAAGAGCCGCGAGGCCAUAGACUCCCCGGUGUCCUUCUUGGCCCUGCACAACCAGAUCAGGAACAUGGACAGCAUGCCAGAGCUCCAGAAGCUGCAGCAGCUGAAGGAUGAGACCGGGGAGCUGUCAUCGGCGGACGAGAAGCGUUACAGAGCCCUGAAGCGCACUGCCGAGAGGGAGCUGCUCAUGAACGCAGAUGUCAUCUGCUGCACGUGUGUGGGCGCAGGAGACCCGAGGCUCGCCAAGAUGCAGUUCCGCUCCAUUUUGAUCGACGAAAGCACGCAGGCCACCGAGCCAGAGUGCAUGGUGCCUGUGGUCCUUGGAGCCAAGCAGCUGAUCCUCGUGGGUGACCACUGCCAGCUGGGCCCUGUGGUGAUGUGCAAGAAGGCCGCCAAGGCCGGGCUGUCGCAGUCGCUCUUUGAGCGCCUGGUGGUGCUGGGCAUCCGCCCCAUCCGCCUCCAGGUCCAGUACCGGAUGCACCCCGCGCUCAGCGCCUUCCCAUCCAACAUCUUCUACGAGGGCUCUCUCCAGAACGGCGUUACCGCAGCGGAUCGUGUAAAGAAGGGGUUUGACUUUCAGUGGCCCCAACCGGAUAAACCAAUGUUCUUCUAUGUGACCCAGGGCCAAGAGGAGAUUGCCAGCUCGGGCACCUCCUACCUGAACAGGACGGAGGCUGCAAACGUGGAGAAGAUCACCACGAAGCUGCUGAAGGCAGGCGCCAAGCCGGACCAGAUCGGCAUCAUCACCCCCUACGAGGGCCAGCGCUCCUACCUGGUGCAGUACAUGCAGUUCAGCGGCUCCCUGCACACCAAGCUCUACCAGGAGGUGGAGAUUGCCAGUGUGGACGCGUUCCAGGGCCGCGAGAAGGACUUCAUCAUCCUCUCCUGUGUGCGGGCCAAUGAGCACCAAGGCAUUGGAUUUUUGAAUGACCCCAGGCGCCUCAACGUGGCCUUGACCAGAGCACGAUAUGGGGUCAUUAUCGUGGGUAACCCGAAGGCCCUGUCCAAGCAGCCGUUGUGGAACCACCUGCUGAACUACUACAAGGAGCAGAAGGUGCUGGUGGAGGGACCCCUGAACAACCUGCGGGAGAGCCUCAUGCAGUUCAGCAAGCCCAGGAAGCUGGUCAACACCAUCAACCCGGGAGCCCGCUUCAUGACGACAGCCAUGUAUGAUGCCCGGGAGGCCAUCAUCCCAGGGUCGGUCUACGACCGGAGCAGCCAGGGCCGGCCCUCGAACAUGUACUUCCAGACCCACGACCAGAUCGGCAUGAUCAGUGCCGGCCCCAGCCACGUGGCUGCCAUGAACAUCCCCAUUCCCUUCAACCUGGUCAUGCCGCCCAUGCCACCACCGGGGUAUUUUGGACAAGCUAACGGGCCAGCCGCAGGCCGCGGCACCCCAAAAGGCAAGACUGGUCGUGGGGGGCGCCAGAAGAACCGCUUUGGGCUUCCUGGGCCCAGUCAGACGAACCUCCCCAACAGCCAGGCCAGCCAGGAUGUGGCGUCCCAGCCCUUCUCCCAGGGCGCCCUGACCCAAGGCUACAUCUCCAUGAGCCAGCCCUCCCAGAUGAGCCAGCCCGGCCUCUCCCAGCCUGAGCUGUCCCAGGACAGUUACCUUGGGGAUGAGUUUAAGUCACAGAUCGACGUGGCGCUGUCGCAAGACUCCACAUACCAGGGCGAGCGGGCGUACCAGCACGGUGGAGUGACGGGGCUGUCCCAGUACUAGAAGGUGGCAGCGGAAGAGCUAAGCUAUGUGGCUUAGUCCAUCAGCAUCUUAUUCUGGGUAAUAAAAAAUAAAAAUAAAUGGAUACCUGUUUUCCACUGCUAAAACUGAAGCACCACUGUGAGCAACAGGAGGGAGAGGAGCACCCGAGGGAGAGAGGAGCCCGAGACAGAGCGAGCGCCCACUGCUGGCACGUGGCGGCAAGGAGCCGGAAGGGAGCGCGGGAGGUGGGGCGGCCGCGGAGGACCGCCGCCAGCGAGCCCCGCCAGCCCCGCUCGCGAGGAGCCCAGCUCGCCCGCCGUAUCCACACCUGGGUCUGCGACCAGGGCGGAGGGAGGAAGACCCUCAUCUCAGAGUAGCCCUUUCCUCUGUUCUUUCUUUACUUUUCUCUUUUAUUGAAAGGGGACUACGUUUUAGCAGGAAAAAACUUGGCGUUUCUGUGCUGAGCAGGCUGCUUGCAGUGGUGGCCAUGCCGGGAGAGCCCCGCAGAGAGUGGGUUCUGUCCACACCGGCUCUGAUACCGCCGCGCUCAUGCUGCCUGCGUUCUAGGAGGGUUUUCAUUUCAAGAAAAUAUGGUGGUUUGUGUUUUUCUGUUUGUUUUUUAAAAAUUCUUUCUAAGGAGUACUGAAAAAUAUACUUUGCUGAGUUUGUCUCUCAAAUCUUAGUGGUGGGCCUGGGAGAUGCGAGAAGCUUCCAGAAACGAAGUUUAAACAUGCCAACACAACUCAAGAUUAGAAUCAACGCCUGCGAUGGGACGAGGAUUGUUUUCAGUUUUUAGCUUCCAGCAGCUUCUCCCAGCGCAUCAGGGCAGUGAGGGAGCACAGUCCUGGGCCGGGCAGGCAGCUCCGAGGCUCCGCUGGACUCCCAAGAAGCAGAGCGCCUCCCGUGCGCUGUGGACUUGGCCCCACAGGAGGGGCUUCAGGCCGGACUGGCCAUGAGGUCAGAAGGCUAGAAGGUGGCUGUUCCCUGGCCAGCUGCUGCUUCCCCAGGGUCUUUCCUGAGGAUUUGGUGAAAGGCAGCAGUCAGGAGGACCCGUCCCUGUCCCCAGGGAGGCCCCCACCACCCCUGAGGCCAGUUGGAGUCACUGAACGCCCCCCCCACCUCCACCUUGUUCCCCACCUGCCCCACUAGUUUGGAGCCGCUCUACACACAGGCACAGCUUUGAUGAGGUGGGGUCAUUUGUGGGAGGGAGACAGUAAGUUUCCAAAAUAAGUUGAAUUUGUGCUAAAGGGCGUGAAAGAAUUGGUCACAUCAGGUGUUACACGGGGCCUCUGCCUGGGUCUGAACUGCAACUCGAAGUUACUGUUGCUGCCCGAGGCCCCCCGACGCCCAGCUCUUCGCACAUGGUGGGGUAUUAGCCGCCUCGGCCGGCCCUGGUUGGGGACCAUCUAGCCCUAACCCUGCCUGUCCGGGCCCUGGUGCCCCUGACCCCACCAUCCCCCUCCCAGUGUGCCUUAUCCCACAGCCUCCAGCUGGCACACGGGAGAGAGGGGACGCAGGCCCCCUUCCUCUGGCACUCAGGAGGGCGGGGCACGGGCUGCCACCUCUGGCAGGCCUCUUGUCUAUCACCUUCGCUGCAGGGCCUUCGGCCCCCCGCUUCUUUUGGUAGCUGCAUAGUUUGGAUAGGUUUCUGCUGUGACCCCUCGUGUGCCGUCCCGUGGGUGACACACCCACCACCCUGUUCUGUUCCUGGGAAUGCUUUGCCUCUGCUUUGUGCUGUUUGCUUUUUUCUCCACCUUAGCAGCAGUCACUAUAAGUUCCCCAAAUUAGAAAAACAUCUGUACCAAGGCAAUGUAACUUUCGGUUUUUGGUCAAUUUGUUUUAAGCUCUUUUGUCACCAAUAAAAUCUUAAUAAACAUCUCUUGCUUUCA